AUGGCAACCACAGCGACCUCUCCAGACAAUGACCCGUCUAUCAGCAUCCCUUGGAAUGUGCAACCACCAAGCCCUUCGGCCAUCUGCAGGAUCGACUACCCCAUCACCGAGACGCCGGAAAUUUUUGUGAUUCCCAUCAAAAUACUUAGCGGCGGACGAAAGCUUCCUACAGCAAAACCUGUCAACAGCCAACGACUCAGGAAAGUGGCUAUAUCUGAAUACGUGAAGAAGGCUUUCAAGCAGUACGAGCAUCGCUAUGCUGUUCAAUUUCGAGCUGAGGCAGCUAUAGUAGAUGAGGCGGGGCUUCAAGAAGCUCCUGUCGAUCACUUGCUCUUACUCAAGCUUCCAAGCGAAACGCGUGAUCAGAUGUCCGCCAAAAUCCAGGAACAACGCAAGGGCAGAGUUCGCAUCCAGACGAAGAAAGUUGUUGUCGAGACGAACGGCACACGCAGUAACGAGGAGAUCAAGUGCAUUAUCGACGCAGAGGCCCUCGUUCUCGAUGGGUUGGACCACAACACGGCCGCAGACUAUUGGAAGAAGCUUGACAUCCUACUACAAGCGUUUGUUCGCAAUACUACGUUUGAGAAAGCGACGACCACGAAGAGCAAGGGCAUUUUAAUUCCAAUCUCUUCCUCGAAGACUUUCUCACGAGACCCAGGACCUGGAGACGUCACCGAGACUCCUCCCGUCACAUCUACGGAAUCUGCCCCUGCAGUAGCCAACAUCGCCUCGAUCAAGUCUGCCAGCCAUAUCCAGGAUGCGAUCAAGGUCGACGGGUUCCUUCGCACAUUGGUGAAGUUGGAUCCAAACCUGAAGAAGCUGCAUCUGGAGCUCGAUCUCGUGCCUGGAGUCAAGGCGAACACUUCCUUAGCAGACAUUGUUACGAGUGUCUUCGGGCGCGCGAUUCAGGGACCGAGUGUUCAUCAUCAUUUACCAACAAUUCGAGCGAUGCUCAUAGGACUGGAAGUCGAUCGUAACUACACUCCUCCUGCCGCGAACGGGCUUGAAGAUACAGGCGAGGUGCAAUCGUCGAACCUUAACAACAAUGCAUUCCCACAGUCUUCACCUAGAUCAGGCUCUGGUGCUAGUUCACGGAAGGCUUCCAAGCCUCUUGGCGAGCUCAAUUCAAGCGAUGUCAACAUGAAAAGGUCACCUACAGCGAUGACUGCGAAUACCGGCCACGUUCAGCACGAUGAUGCAGCCCGCUCCUGCCGCUAUGUUGUUUCCGAUAUCCAACUGGCUGGCGAUGUGCCUGACUUCGUUUGGAAAGAUGGGAAGCGGUAUUCCGUUGCCAAGUACUUCAGAGAGAAGAUAAAUGUCAAGAUUGAGCGACACGAUCUUCCACUGGCGAAAGUAGGGAACGACUCAUGGGUGCCUCUCGAGAUGCUCGUCACACACGGUACUCAGGCUUUACCUACCUCUACCCUCAGCCUCGGAUUGCUCAACGACGUUCUCAAAGGCGACAACCUUCAGAUGCAACAUGAGAACUUUGCAGACUUUGCAGCAAGUGUUGUCACGCAGAUGGGUUCCUUUGAGUCUUCAAAAGACUCAACUAUCCCCGAGGGCUUCAUGAACGUUCGUGUAGAGGACGGCACCGUCGUCACACUAUUGCCCAAAGAUUCGAAACCUCGCGCACAUACAGCAAGAGAUCCGUUGCCGCGGGCGACCGGAUCGAAAGUCAAGAUGGGCUUACUCUACGUCAAAGCGAAAAGCACGAAGCGGGAAGACGCCAUAGACUUCAUUGAAAAGGUCGCUGAGGCACUCUGCCUUCCUGGACAGAAACACAAGCAUCAUGGCGAUCAAGCAUUGCAGAUCCUUCAAUUCGACGAAGACUCACAGCCGCGCGUCUUGACAGCAGUCGUCUCGGAUGUGAAGCCUCUAAUACUGACAGACUGUCAGCAAGAUGAAGCUGUAAUGGCCAUACGAGACAAAGGGCUUACGUCCAUUCUUGCCAUCAUUGACGAGAAGGGUCGUAGCAAGCAGGAAGUACGCGCCGUCCGUGCUGAGCUGCACAAGUUUGGCAAUCGAAAGGCUGGCGCAGCGACCCAUUGCAUGACUGCUCGAACACUCAAGGCACUACUCGACCGCAAUAAGAACGUCCAAAAUUACUUCCCGAUCGGCACUCUUCGGCAUCUCAACGGUAUGCAAGGCGGUCGGAACUUCAACGUCGAACCGUUCAUGUCUCUCUCUCAGAAUGAGAACAUGAUGAUAGUCGGUGCGCAUGUUUCCCAUCCAGCCUCUCACGCCUCCAAGAACUGCCCUUCGGUUGCUGCGGUGGUUGGCAGUUUCGAUGCACAGUUUACGCAAUAUCCUGGAUCCGCACGUAUUCAGUCUACUAUCCGCCGAGUUCAGGACAAGCAAGGCCACUUGAAGUACCACCUCGACCCGCAGAUUCAAGACCUGCAGGAAAUGAUGGAAGAGCGCAUUGCAGCAUGGCAAACCAAGCAUGCUGGAGGUUCUCCCCAUAUCAUCUUCUACCGCGACGGCAUGAACAUUAUGAAAGGGCAGUUCAUUGAUAGCGAGGUGCAGAGCAUCAUCACAGCUGAGGCUAAGGCUAUUGUCAAGGCCAUCGAAGCAAAAGCUCCGGGAGUUCGACCCUCGCUCAGCUACAUUCUAAUCAACAAACACUCCGUCGCCGGUGAUGACUACGGGCGCAACGUUGAAGCAUACCUAGCCGAGCAGAGCAUCACCAGGUUCUCCCCUGCGUUGGAUCACGCAAUCAAGAGCAGAUACGACUAUCAUAUCAUGCCCCAGGUGGAGAACUCAGUCCCAGUCCAAGUCGACUAUGCGGCACUAACUGAGUAUCUCAACGUCAACUAUCAGCUUUCCAAUACAGCUAUCCCUGCUAUCGCACUACCAGUCCACUACGCCAAGAAACUUGCUCUCCGUGUGUUCGACUACUUCCAUUACGCGAUCACCAACAAAUAUGACGCUGUCUCCAGUGUUGUUCGUCGUGCGAAGCAUCCCGCCGCAGAGGAGAAUCUAAACGACGACCGCAUGGUAGAGCUCACUCGCGCAUAUCUUCUCGCGGAUGAUGAGCUGAAAGACGCAGACGCCAAGACAGGUGAUAACAGAUCAUCCUCAAAGGAGAAGGAGACGCCUCGCGCCAAUCCUUGGCCGGAGUCUCUGGACGAGACCAUGUUCUACCUCUGA